GCCUCUUCUCCCUCGCCUGCCUCUGCCUUCUUCCUCCCAACGCCCCCUCCUCAACUCCAAACCAACACCUCACCGCCUCCAUUAAUCCAACGACCCAACUAACACAUAACCACCACACUCUCUCCCUCAGUUCCUCUCUGGCCCAAGAAACUACCAGCAAGAGGAGGCCAGCCAUGGCGCAAUCGCCGCCACGGCGAACCGCCGCCCUGCUGCUGUCGCUCCUGCUCCUCUUCUCCGUCGCCGCCCACGCGGCGAGGGAGGCGGCGGCGAGCAGUAGAGGCCACGCGGAGCUCCAAGAAGGACAAGACAGUGAGGUGGUGGACAGCAAGGGGGAGGCGAUGACGGGCUUCACGGCGGCGGCGGAGGACGACCCGUGCGGCGGCGCCGCCACCGUAGAGGGAGGCGAAGCGGAGCAAGAGGAGGAGUGCCUGAUGAGGCGGACGCUGGUGGCGCACACCGACUACAUCUACACCCAGGGAGGAGGCCACAACUAACUAGGCUACAGCUCUCGCUGCUGCCUCCGCAUAUCGCUCCGAGCAAUUCGAUUCCAUACGCAUGCACGGCAGCUCCGAUCCGGAUCACUGUAAUUGUAACCGAGACUGCUGCAUGCAUCCUGCAUGAUCCAUGGGAGAAAGUUGUAUGUGUGUUACUGUUAGUGAUGACAGUUUUGCGCGGCUCUGCUGGAGAGUUUGUGUAUGUAAUCAAGCUUUUUCUUUCAACUUGUUGUUAUUAUUGAUUGGUGUCAUCGACGAUUGUACGGGGGCAGUUGGUUAUCGAACGAACUCGCUGCUUCGUUGUUAA